AUGGAUGGCUAUACGGCACUGCAUCGAGCAGCAUAUGGUGGUCAUGUUGAAGCGGUGGAGUAUUUGCUCUCACUAGGCGCUGAUCCAGAAUGGACGACAGAUGAUGGAUGGACGGUGUUGCAUUGCGCUGCAACAUGGGCCAUGUACGAAGUGGUGGCCCUGCUGCUCCGGCAUGGCAUUAAUGUCAAUAGUCGUACGAACGGCCAGCUAACACCACUCCAUCUCGCCGUCUCAUCAAAUCAACCACAAGAUCGUGUACUCACUACUAUCCACUACCUCCUCGAAGCCCCAGGUUUAUAG